UCGCCAGCGGGCCGCUGAGAUCUACACGCACGCCCUGCCUGCUCGCGCACGCGUGUGGCCGCGGGUGUCCCCGGAGACGGAAAGCCUCCUUCGCACAGCGACAAUGGAGGUAAAUUGUUUAACACUAAAAGACUUGAUCAGCCCCAGACAGGCCAGACUAGAUUUUGCCGUUGAAGAUGCAGAAAACGCACAAAAGGAAAAUAUAUUUGUCGAUCGAUCAAGGAUGACCCCAAAGACUCCGAUGAAAAAUGAACCAAUUGAUCUGUCAAAGCAAAGGAUCUUUACCCCGGAAAGAAAUCCCAUUACCCCCGUAAAGCUGGUGGACAGGCAGCCGCAGGUGGAGCCAUGGACGCCCACAGCCAACCUCAAAAUGCUGAUCAGUGCCGCCAGCCCAGACAUAAGAGACCGGGAGAAGAAGAAGGAGCUGUUCAGACCCAUUGAGAAUAAAGAGGAUGCAUUCGUGAACUCCUUGCAGCUUGAUGUCGUUGGUGACAGUGCUGUGGAUGACUAUGAGAAGCAAAGGCCGAGUAGGAAACAGAAAAGUUUAGGACUGCUGUGCCAGAAGUUCCUCGCUCGUUAUCCAAGUUACCCCUUAUCCACUGAGAAAACCACCAUCUCCCUAGAUGAAGUCGCUGUCAGUCUUGGUGUGGAAAGGAGACGCAUCUAUGACAUCGUCAAUGUGCUGGAAUCACUGCAUCUGGUCAGCCGGGUGGCUAAGAAUCAGUAUGGUUGGCACGGUCGGCACAGCCUGCCCAAAACCCUGAGGACACUCCAGAGACUGGGAGAGGAGCAGAAAUACGAAGAGCAGAUGGCCUGCCUCCAACAGAAGGAGCUGGACUUGGUAGAAUAUAGGUUCGGAGAACGCAGGAAAGAUGGCUCCCCGGAUUGCCAAGAGCAACACCUACUCGAUUUUUCUGAAUCCGACUACCCGUCCUCCUCUGCAAAUAGCCGGAAAGAUAAAUCUCUAAGAAUUAUGAGCCAGAAGUUUGUCAUGCUGUUCCUUGUCUCCAAAACCAAGAUUGUUACCCUGGACGUGGCUGCCAAAAUCCUCAUAGAAGAAAGCCAAGACACCCCCGACCACAGUAAAUUCAAAACAAAGGUACGACGGCUCUAUGACAUAGCCAAUGUUCUGACCAGCUUGGCUCUGAUAAAGAAGGUGCACCUCACAGAAGAGCGAGGCCGCAAACCAGCCUUCAAGUGGAUCGGGCCUGUGGACUUCAGCUCCAUUGACGAAGAGCUACUGGAUGUCUCUGCAUCUGUCUUACCGGAAUGGAAGAAAGAAACAUAUGGCCAGAUUCGAGUGUGUGCAAAACAGAAGCUGGCUCGGUAUGGUUCCUUUAACACGGUUCAGUCGGCUGAGAAGACAGAGAGGAAAGUGAACUCAGAGCCCAGUAGCCCACAGGGAGGAAAACAAGGGUCAGCCUAUUCCCUAGAAAUUGGAAGUCUGGCAGCCAUCUACAGACAGAAAGUAGAAGAUAAUUCACAGGGGGAAGCCUUUGCCAGUAAGAGCACGGUGACUCCACCAAGCAACUUGGACCCUGCCCUCCCUGCUGACUCAGAAUACUGUGUCAAGCCUUUAGCCCACCCAGUAUUUUCUGUUGCUCAAACAGAUUUGCAGGCCUUCUCCACACAGAAUGGUCUAAACAGACAAGUAGGUGGCCACCUUCCUUCUGCAACCUCAGAUGCAGAGAGCUUGAAGCCAACCCUGCUUGCUGGCCAGCCCCUGGUGUAUGUGCCUUCCUCCCUGAUCAUGCUGUGUGGGAGCCUGCAGGAGGGACUGUCCCCAGAGUCAAGAUCAGAGGAGGACAGUAGCUCAGAAGUCCCAGCUGACCUGUCACUGGCACCCUCAGCUCAGAAGCGCCUGUGUGAGGAGAGGAAUCCCCACGAGGAGGACGAGCCUGCCAUGAAGAGACAAAGUCAGGAAUUUGAAGAUAGCCCCUUAUCCCUAGUCAUGCCCAAGAGACCCUCAAAUUCCACAGCCAUUGCCUCUCCUGUGACCACGGGAGACGGGAGAUCUACACCCGUGGAAGACGCCUGUGUGAAGGGUCAGCUCCCGGCUGCCGAAGACGUUUCAGGAAAGGCUGUAGCAAACUGCUGCUUCAUUGCUUCUGAGUGUGGAAACACAUCGAGAAACCCAGACACUGAAAAGCCUUCAAAGGAAAACGAAAUCACCAAAGACCCCUCCCUGCUGCAGUAUCUGUACGUGCAGUCUCCAGCAGGGUUAAAUGGUUUCAACAUGCUCUUACCCGGUGGUCAAACCCCACAUGCCAUGGGGCCGUCCUCGGGUCAGCUGCCAUCCUUUGGCGUCCCGUGCAUGUUCUUGCCAUCUCCAAGCCUGGCCCCCUUCCCAGUUCUGUAUUCUCCUGCAAUACCUGGGCCCAUCUCUUCAGCUCCUGGCGCGCUCCCAAACACCGGACCCAUGAAUUUCGGCUUGUCUGCCCUGGGAUCUACGGCUCACCUCCUCCUGAGCCCUGCAGCUAUGGUCAAUCCGAAGUCAUCCACCAUCCCUUCCACAGAUCCUCAGUGUCAGCCCUCACUAAACCUGAGUCCAGGGAUGCCAAGCUCACACGGUGCCAUCCACCCCGAGUCCCCCGGUUACAUGAGACAUCCGGUAUCAAUGGUAAAAGUAGAACAGUCACCUGCACCAGCGACUCCCAAGAGCAUCCACCGAAGACACCGGGAGACAUUUUUCAAGACCCCUGGCAGUCUUGGAGACCCCGUUUUCAGGAGAAGAGAAAGGAACCAAUCACGAAACACUAGCUCAGCCCAGAGACGGCUAGAAAUCUCAAGCAGUGGACCUGACUAACCUGGUGCUUCAGCGGAUGGAGUGAUCUCAGCACCUGAAGGUCCCUGUGUCCCAGACAAUGUCCUAAAGUGGAGCACAGGCCAUCCCGGUCCUCAGCUUGUGUCCUUGCUCUCUGGCAUCCACUGGUUCUGCUAACUUCCCAAUAUCAUGAGUCAGCUAUUUUCCUGAAAGUAAUUAUUACUAAUUAUGAAUUUAAUACCAGCUAGAGUUGGGGCUCUGCAUGUCACAGCGGCAGUACUGACCAACUGGUGUGGUCUGGUUAAGAAUCAUCUGAGUGCUGGAAGUCAGUCCUGACAGGCUGCUGGAGCCUUGUGGUUUUUCUGAAGUGGAGGGCUGUCUAGCACUUAACCAGGGCGAGCAUUGGUGAUGCUCAUUGCCGCCUGCCCUGAGUGCAUCUGUGUGAGAACUUCCUCUGCAGCCUAAACACGCUACUGCUUCCUCAGGCUCCAGGAAGCCACCUUCAGUUACAAACCCUACGGUAUUAUUUAUUUUGUUCCUGAAGCGGGACUUCACUGCACAAAGUUUACAACAUCUGUUCUGACACACAUUUUUCAGGGUAUCGCGACUUGAAUGUUUAAGACUUUCUUUGUAUAAUUUGCCCUGCACUUAUUCUACAGCCUAUUAAUAAUGUGGAUAAAUGUAUAUACGUGACAAAUGUCAAGACCAAAAUAACUGUGAAUGCUACACUCAGCUAUUGAUGAACUAUGUGCUUGACCCAUCUGUGGGCAUGGGAGUGAAAACUGAAACCUAGGUGCCUUGUAGCCGUUUCUCCGGUAACUAUCAAGCAGUGAGGUUUUACUGUUUGUUAAAAACAAAACAAAAACCUACUGUGCUCAGCUUCCUUUGCUCCAGGCCCCUGUGUUUUUUAACUUAAACAUUCACCGUACAGUGUCAAGUGUGCACGCCUUCUCACAAAUGCCAUUUGUAACAAGCUGAAUCAGAGCAACAGGAAAGAUAGAGAGCAUUAGAACCUGGAUGAGAGCUUUGGAUGAAUCAUGAAGCAUAAUGAUAACAGAAACAGAGAGCAAUAGCUAAUUCUUUCAUUUUUCGUUUACUUAUUUUCCUCUGGGAGAUGAGGGAGAUGGGCACAGCCUGUGCAUUUCUAAGAGUGAUCAUGAGUUUCUUGGUCCAGGGAAGGAACAGCGGGCACAGGGGCUGGUUGUCCUAACAAAUACAGUUCUAGAAACUGUUGUACAUCUCCCUUUGUGAGCCUCGUUGCUUCAGGGGUCUACAUUGAUAGAGUGUUUACCUCAAUCUUGUCUCUUCACAGUAAACCUCUCUCCCUUUCCUCCUUCCCUUUUUCCUCUUUUCUUCCUGUGGUCUUUUUUUCUCUUUAGACGGCUUAGAUCUAGAGUCUUAAUAUAAGGCUACAUUUUCUCUGUAUUUCUGUGCCCUGUGAAAUACCAUAUAAAAGAAUAAAAAAUAUUAAUUUAAGAGACUCUGGGAGUCUGAUCAAAGUAGCUUUUUAUAUGAAGUACAGGACACCUUUUAAUCUUGCUACCCUAACAACAGCUUUUGAAAACUUGAGAUGAGUGGCCAGAUUUAAUAUGUUGGCUACUUAUCUAAAUGUUUAUCAACACUAAGCUUCUAAAGUUGCAAUAUGGCAUUGUUCCCCUUGUUAAAAGUUUUUUUGUUUUUUAUGAGUUAGGUAAAAAUUGCAUGGUGAUGCUGUCUCUGAAGCACACUGCUGGUUCCUUUCUGGAACAUGAAAAUCACUCUUUUUCAGUAGUUUAUCAGACAUGCCGAAAUUGAGUCUGCUGGAGUCACUUGCAUUUAAAAUCUGCAAGAAGUCCGCAUUUCCAUAGAAACACAAACCUCUUUCCUUGUUCCUGGGUAAUGUUCAUUUACUCUAACUUUUUUGUUGUUCUAUAUUAUUAGAGUCUUUGCUCUGUUUGUGAACGGACCACAUUAACCUCAGAGAAUUUGUGAUUCUUAGGAAGGUGUUAAGAAGCAAUUUCAUCAGUGGAAAACACAGUUACUUCUGUAUGAGGGUCCCUCAUGGUGUGGCUUUUGACUCUUCCAGAAGCCCGGUGCCCUUUAAUCAUGCACAGCUAGACUUGAGUACCAGGGGGGGAGAAGCAGUGGUACUCUAGAGUCUAUCACAGAAAUAACUGCUAGUGAUCCUUCGGAGGACAUGAGUCCUGAGUCGGCACUGAGGGGGUGUGCUGCCUUGAGCCACGCUGUCCAGGGUUUGUGAAACCCUUGCGUUCUGGUACAAGAGUUUGGGGUAUAACUUUAUACUUGAACCUACCUACCAAGUUUACAUUGCUCAAUGUAAGGUGCUAUUUCUGUAUUUAAAUAACUUGGAUGUAAAGCUGCUUUCUGCUUACCUUAUUGCACUGCUAGCUUUUUGUAGACGUUAACUUUAUUGCUGCUUACUGCUUUGUUUUCAUGGGUUUUGGCUCUGUUCUUUCCUAAUGGCUGUAUUAUCUGUAGCCAACUACUUGCAACUUUACUACAUGUAAACCAAUCUUCCCUUUUAGAAAAAUACUAAGCUUUAUAAAGUAGCAAUGAAAAUAAAGGCAUUUAGUAAGAAA